CAUCUUUACCUGGGAUCCUGUUAAGAACAUCAGAAGUACCAGCAGUCCACCUGUAAGCCAAGCCUGAGAAUACAACUACACAGGAUCUUCAUUUCAAGAAACUUUGCUGCCCAAUUUCACCCUCACUGAACUGAAGACAAGAAGAUCUACAGGUAUGGACAACAGACUGAUCUUCGCUGUCCUGUUAGUGACGCUGUCCUGGAUAUCUGUGGGCUAUGCUCAAACUACGACAACCGCGGCCCCUACGACGACGAUAACCACCGCGGCACCAGCUACGACAACAACCGCGGCCGCGGCCGGAGCGACGACAAGUACCGGAGCGACGACAACUACCGCGGCCGCGGCCGGAGCGACGACAAGUACCGGAGCGACGACAACUACCGCGGCCGCGGCCGGAGCGACGACAAGUACCGGAGCGACGACAACUACCGCGGCCGCGGCCGGAGCGACGACAAGUACCGGAGCGACGACAACUACCACGGCCGCGGCCGGAGCGACGACAAGUACCGGAGCGACGACAACUACCGCGGCCGCGGCCGGAGCCCCAACGGCAACAACAACCGCGGCCGGAGCGCCGACAAGUACCGCGGCCGCGGCCGGAGCGACGACAAGUACCGCGGCCGCGGCCGGAGCGACGACAACAACCGCAGCCCCAACGGCAACAACAACCGCGGCCCCAACGGCAACAACAACAGCUCCCCCACUGACGCCCAACACCACAGUGACUGCCCUUCAGACACCUCUUAGUAGGACAGGCUGUGGGGCCCAACAGCUCUGCGCGGCUCAGCCCUCUAACUGCGACCCCUCCUCUGGAUCUUGUUUCUUUCUUUCUGCUCAGCAGCAGAGUGGUCAAAACUUUAUGUUGGGGCUUUCAGGACGGUCAGCAGGCUACAUCGCUGCCUCCCUGGCACCUGACACCACACUGGCAGGUAACGUCACAACCUACGUCUGUGCUAAGAACGGCAGUGCUGUUCAAUUCUUCAGCACUUUCCUCAACAACGGCACACUGAUUCCAACAACGCUGAACGUGAGCUCUGUGAAGGGCAAGAUCGAUGGAACCAAAAUCCAGUGUAAAUUUGAUGCCACCGUACCAGACCAAGCUACUAAAUCACCAAAUUUAGCACUCGUAAUCUCCAAUGGAACUUUCAACAGCACAUCUGGGGCACUGGGAAAGCCUGACAUAAAAUUUAAGAGUGGUCUUGUAGACUUGGGAAAUCCUAUUGCCACUGUCCCACUGUUUCCCAACACCACAGUGACUGACCUUCAGACACCUCUUAGUAGGACAGGCUGUGGGGCCCAACAGCUCUGCGCGGCUGAGCCCUCUAACUGCGACCCCUCCUCUGGAUCAUGUUUCUUUCUUUCUGCUCAGCAGCAGAGUGGUCAAAACUUUAUGUUGGGGCUUUCAGGACAGUCAGCAGGCUACAUCGCUGCCUCCCUGGCACCUGACACCACACUGGCAGGUGACGUCACAACCUACGUCUGUGCUAACAAGGGUGGUGUUGUUAAGUUCUUCAGCACUUUCCUCAACAAUGGCAAGCUGAUUGCAACAACGCUGAAUGUGAACUCUGUGAAGGGCAAGAUCGAUGGAACCAAAAUCCAGUGUACAUUUGCUGCCACCGUACCAACCCCAACUACUAAAACAACAAAUUUAGCACUCGUAAUCUCCAAUGGAACUUUCGACAGCACGACUGACGUACUGGGAAACCCUGACAUAAAAUUUAGGAGUAGUCUUGUAGACGUGGGAAAUCCUAUUGCCACUGUCACACUGUUUCCCAACACCACAGUGACUGCCCUUCAGACACCUCUUAGUAGGACAGGCUGUGGGACCCAACAGCUCUGCGCUGCUCAGCCCUCUAACUGCGACCCCUCCUCUGGAUCAUGUUUCUUUCUUUCUGCUCAGCAGCAGAGUGGUCAAAACUUUAUGUUGGGGCUUUCAGGACAGUCAGCAGGCUACAUCGCUGCCUCCCUGGCACCUGACACCACACUGGCAGGUAACGUCACAACCUACGUCUGUGCUAAGAACGGCAGUGCUGUUCAAUUCUUCAGCACUUUUCUCAACAGCGGCAAGCUGAUUCCAACAACGCUGAACGUGAACUCUGUGAAGGGCAGGCUCAAUGGAACCACAAUCCAGUGUACAUUUGCUGCCACCGUACCAGACCAAGCUACUAAAUCACCAAAAUUAGCAAUCGUAAUCUCCAGUGGAACUUUCGACAUCUCAUCUGGGGCACUGGGAAACCCUGUCUUCAGAUUAAGGAGUGGUCUUGUAGACCUGGCAAACCCUAACGCCACUGUCACCAAUCUGCUUCCAUCUUCCGCUACCGCUGGAAUUGCACUGCAGCAAUCAGUGAUGCAAGCUCUGCUGAUCACUGUUGGUGUGCUGGGCCUGGCCAUCCUCUGAGAAAACUGAAACCCCCAUGAUUGAAGACAAGAAAACCAUAACUUCCCUAUUCAUAAACAUUUGCUACUGAAUAUAAACUGUUCCACAUCUCCCAGGAGGUUCACUUUACACAGUACAUCACAAAUUAUUAUGAUCAUGCUUAAUUUGUUAAGUUUUGUUUUAAUGUAAUGUUAUGUCUAAUACAUUUUUAGGUUUCUGUCCUACAAGUUACUUAAUUGCAGAUAAUUACACGGACUCCCUGUCAGUGGUUUAAAAUCAGUGUUUGAAUGGCUAGAAUGGGGUACAAAUGAGAAGCACUAUUGCAAUAAUUGUACCCAAAUAAAUUGAACCAGUAGCUGGCUUCACCAGUACAUGUCAUGCAUUAAACAAAUGUUGUGUUUGGAGUCUAUUUAUCUUUUAAGCCCUCAGCCAACUCCAUAGCAACCCGUAGAGCCAUUAAAUUAUUAUACUGUGAUGCCAGGAAAACAUCUGACAAAACUUGUUGUCAGAAAACUCAGGAACUAAUGAAGAACCUUUUGUUAACCAUGAUAUUAUUUUUUCCUCAGAAUAGGUAGAUGUGCCCUUAUGAAGGAUCAUUAUUUAGCUUUUUGUGUGUCACUAGAUAUUUACAUUUAUGUGUUGUGUUUCUUGAUGAGACAAGCAAAGAAACAAUGUUUUUUCGUCUCCUGUUGCUCAUAAUGAUGCCAGCAAAUGGCAGAUGUGUGUUUUUGCAUUAUUAUUAUUAUGAUUUCAUUGUCUUUGGUGUGAAUGUAUGGGUUGUUUAUGAUUCAACAAUGUUUUUACAAUGAAGCCGUCAUUGGCUGAUAUUUUCAUGUGUGCAUGUGCCUGUAUGUGUAAGUACAUGUGAAUAUGACCAGUUGCUCAUAAAGAAUGCUGUUUACUGUCUAUGAUAACAAAUAUUGGUAAAACUGAUUUUGAAUAUUGCAUUAUGUAACAAUUGUUUUUUAUUACAUUUUUUAAUAUGCAAA